CCCCUCCCCCCUCCGCAGCUUCCAGACCGCCGCCUCCGCGGCUCUGCCCCUAUAUAUGCCUCCCCCGCCCGCGGGUCUCCGCUUCAAGAACAUCGACGAAUCCAAAGGACACAGCCAGAGCUCGCUCUCAACCAGCAGCAGCAGCCGGAGCUGAGGAGAGCGUUGCGGUUUCAGAGUGGGAGGGAGAAAUCAAGGAGCCAGCUUCAGUCUGCCGAUCAAUUGCAGCUUCAUCUUCGCCGGCCGAUCAGCGAUCGCCAUGGGAGUGCCGGUGAGGAGGGAGAGGGACGCGGAGGCAGAGCUGAACCUCCCGCCGGGGUUCCGGUUCCACCCGACGGACGACGAGCUGGUGGAGCACUACCUGUGCCGGAAGGCGGCGGGGCAGCGCCUCCCGGUGCCCAUCAUCGCGGAGGUGGACCUGUACAAGUUGGACCCCUGGGACCUGCCGGAGCGUGCGCUGUUCGGCACCCGGGAGUGGUACUUCUUCACGCCCAGGGACCGCAAGUACCCCAACGGCUUGCGCCCCAACCGCGCCGCCGGGAACGGCUACUGGAAGGCCACCGGCACCGACAAGCCCGUCGCUCCGCGGGGGCGCACGCUGGGGAUCAAGAAGGCGCUCGUGUUCUACGCCGGCAAGGCGCCGCGCGGGGUCAAGACCGACUGGAUCAUGCACGAGUACAGGCUCGCCGACGCCGGCCGCGCCGCCGCAGCCAAGAAGGGGUCGCUCAGGUUGGAUGACUGGGUGCUGUGCCGCCUGUACAACAAGAAGAACGAGUGGGAGAAGAUGCAGCUGGGGAAGGAGUCCGCCGCCGGCGCCGUGGCCAAGGAGGAGGCCAUGGACAUGACCACCUCCCACUCGCACUCGUGGGGCGAGACGCGCACGCCGGAGUCGGAGAUCGUGGACAACGACCCCUUCCCGGAGCUGGACUCGUUCCCGGCGUUCCAGGACCCCGCGGCGGCGAUGAUGGUGCCCAAGAAGGAGCCGCAGGCGGACGACGGCAACAACAACAACGCCGCCAAGAACAGCGACCUGUUCGUGGACCUCAGCUAUGACGACAUUCAGAGCAUGUACAGCGGGCUCGACAUGCUGCCGCCGCCCGGGGAGGACUUCUACUCGUCGCUCUUCGCGUCGCCGAGGGUCAAGGGGAACCAACCCGCGGGCGCCGCGGGGUUGGCCCCGUUCUGAGAAUCUGAGCUGACGCGGCACGGCAAUCAUGCGAGGAUGGUGGAUGGCCGACGAGGAGAGGAGACGACGCCGCAAGGCUGCGGCGGCGACCUCUGUAAAUACAGCGAAGGAGUCGAAGAAGAACCUGAACCUGAACCUGGUCGUGGUUGCAGGGUUAAGAGUGUCGGUGUCGCGUACAUGGAGCCGGCCCUGGUGGUGGCGCCCGGCUCAUUCUUUCGUUUUCACCUUUCGCUGCAGACGGUAGAUACUCGAUCGUACUAUAUGUGUAGCUCUUUCCUCCUCUUCAACAGAACCGACGAAAUUUUGCUGUUCCUGUUUACAACCACCGUGCCUGAGCCCUGCUCUCCCUAUUUUGUCUAAUGUUGAGGAAUGUUGAGUAUUCUAUUCUGUCUGUGAUGAGUGAAUUGUCAACCGUGCGGUGUGAUCGUGCGCUUGAUCUUUGGAUUGCAGGUACACGGGCGUCGAGUGUCGACGGAGAGUUGCCAUGGAGGAGCUCAGGCCGGGCGACAGCUAUGGCGUCCACUCCUGGAUCGAGGGCUCAAGCGGCGACGGAAGGCGGUUUUCUUGGUUUGUGCUACAAAAUCAAGCAGGCAGACGGAGGUUGAAGAUGCCAAGUCGUGGAGGUACGGGCAUCGGUCUCGGGACUGGCGGAGGCGACGGGCGUUGACGGCGUCUAGGGCCUCACUGCGGGCGAGGAGGUGACGGGCGUCGGGCGGCGUCUAGAGCCGUCAGGAGGCCGAGGCGGGAACGGCGUCUAGGGCCACGGCGUGGAGACGGGAAUCUUCCCGCGCGUGAAGUUUUGGCGGGUUUCUCAAAACCGGCCACCUACCUAGGUUUCGCGGACCCUCCAAAACCGCGGACCAGAACUUCGUCGACGUGGCGGCAUCGCAGCAAAGACUUCGAGUCGAAGAAAGAAACUCCGCCGUCGAUUGAGUCUGUACAGCGGGCUGCUGCAGACCCGACCGGUCUGACCGGUCCCAUGGACCGGUCUGGCCGCGGCAGCCGAGUAUUUAAGUCGCCCCUUCUCCAGGUCGUGGGCUUUGAGUCUCUUGAGUCUUUUUCGGUUUUUUCCUUCCCCUUCCCCCUGCUCCAGGUUAGGGCCAAGGUCUCCAACGCAAAUGAAGGUUAGAUUAUAGCUAAUCUCUCCAAUCUAGAGGGUGGAUGAUGGUGUGGUAGGCUCUAGCCUUUGUAUAGGUGAAUUCCUCUGAGAUUAAUGAAUGAAAUUCGUUUGAAA